AUGGCAAACACUAAAGGUGUCUUUUAUGAUGUUAUUCGUCCAAAGAAUAGUGAUCGUGUUGAUAACAACGAUAACAAAGAAUACGUGAAUAAUAGAAAUGGUUAUUUUCGUAUCAAGGAAUUACAUAAAAUUCUUGAAGUCGAUGUUGCGUGGGUUACUCUUAAAUAUCCAAGGUUUGAUUAUGCUAGAUAA